CUCCGUUUACAGUGAAACCUUACUGGUUAUUUUAUGGUUGUAUAAGUAUCUGCCAAUGGAUAUUCCACUGAAUUAACAGCAUUGUCUUUGUCCUCGACUCAGUAAUCAUGUGAAGACGGAUAUUAAACACUUGCUAGGCUUCUUCAACGGAAUCACACAUCACCUCGAAAAAACAACCUCGCGCAGUGACACCUAUGAAGGAUUGUUAUGUGUUGAGCAGUGUUCAUUGUGUUAAACGUUGGCCUGAGGCCGUCUUUAUAUCAAUUGCACAUCAUGAAAGGAUGCUUGGGUUACAUUUUGACACUGUGUAGCUGGGUACUGCGGCUGUUUUACUCAGUGAGGCGAUUGUGGUCGCCGGAAGCGUUGGCUUGUGACAUCCUCCCGAAGCUCCACAGCCGCGAAUCCACUCUAGCUAAGCAUUUGGUGCGCCGGCGCGGGCUGCUGAACCGUCCAUUCCGGCCACCGUUUCUACUGCGCGGUCCUUUUGUUCAGACCCUGCUAGGGCUGUUCUGUCCGCCACUGGGAGACCUCAAUUUUGAGCGGGAAUACUUGCACGUGGACAAGGGAAUCGUGGCGCUGGACUGGUACACAGAGCCGGACUCCAAACUCCGCCGCAACAGCCCGAUUCUGCUAGUGUUUCCACGUUUAACGGGUGACGCUUUAAGCGUUGGCGGUCUAUGCCGCCUGGCAAACAAACGAGGGUUUAGACCAGUUGUGUUCAAUAGGAGAGGACAUGGAAUGAGCUUUUUGACAACUCCGAAACUAACCAGCACGGGAGACCCGAACGACGCGCGGGAGGUCAUCGGGUACAUAUUUGAGAAGUACCCCUAUGUGCCGCUGGUUGGGGUCGGUGUGGGGGCGGGCUGCGCAACGCUAUUCUCUUACCUUGGUGAGAGUGGGUCCUCAUCGCAGCUCAAGGCCGCCGUCUGCAUAUCGCCGUCUUACGAUAAUACCAUCAAACUAUGCGAACAGAUUCCUAAAUUUUAUGAACUAAUCGUUUUAGUGCAAUUAAAAGCAAUGCUUAUCGUCUAUUGGAAGGUUUUGCAUAAAGUUAUAGACCUUAAAGCAGUAAUAUUAAAAUGUUGGACGCUCAAGGAGUUUGAUUUUCACGUGUAUUGCAAAAUGUAUGGCAUCGCAACGUUUGACACGUUUUGGCAACGUAACGACCCGAUGCGUGACGUUGACGACAUCGCAGUACCCGUGCUGUGUGUAAACAGCGUGGAUGAUCCGGUCUCAGUUCACGAGAACAUCCCGUUGGACGUCUUCCGGUACUACCCGAAUCUGCUACUCGUGACGCUGGCGGCAGGCGGCCACUGCUCCUUCCAUGAGAAUGUGACCGGAGACUCCUGGGCUAACGGGACUGCCCUAACCUUCAUAGAAGGCGUUCUUGAGUUUAUAUCGAACUCGAGAUACUGGUACAAAUGACGACCUUCACGCUAGGACAGUGGCCUAGAAGUUAUCGUUGUCGAGUGCUCUGCUAUAGAAUGAUUUUCAACUAUGUAUGCGUCGCAUGCGGAUUAUCAGUACUUACAUUUUAAAUUAAAUGCAUUAUGUAGAUUAAUCCAUUGAUGUGCAAUGUAGAUAAAUCCAUUGAUGUGCAUGUUAUAUGCAUGUGAUCCAUAGA